GUUUUACAACUUCAUUGAAACGACCAUUUCGUCUUGAUCUAUCAUUGUCAAAACAUGAUCCUGAUUAUUAUACAGCUAUAUAUUCAUCUAAUAAUCCUAAGUUUGAACAUUUAUUUGCAACAUUACGUGGUUCAAAAGAAUUAUAUUUUACACCAAGUGAACGAAGUUUAUUAACAUAUGAACUAUUAACAAGAGCUCAUUCUGAUGAUCAUGACGAAGAUCUUUCACAAGCACCACCGAUCGGACAACCAAAGAUAAAUACCGUUGUUGCAUUACGGGAAGGUGUAAGACGACCCGGAAUUGAUCGAUUAAUAGCCAAAAAAGCAUAUGAAAGUUAUUUUCCUUUGCAUGAACCUUUACGAGAUGAUGUCCGAGAUAUUGAUGAUGAAGAAUUAAAUGAUCGAGAAAAAUUAACAAAGCAUUGGGCAACAAUGCGGCAAUGUUUUAAAUUUCAACCAUUAUCUCUAAUUCGUUCAUAUAUGGGUGAAAAAAUUGCAUUUUAUUUUGCAUUAACUGGCUUUUAUAACCAAAUGCUUAUUCCACCUGCAAUAGUUGGUCUAAUUAUAUUUAUAUAUGGUGCAGCAUCUGUUUUUACUGAUACACCAACAUCUGAUAUAUGUGGAAGUUAUGGACAAAGUACAUAUAUGUGUCCACGAUGUGAUCUAAGUUGUCCAUUCUGGAAACUAAAUGAGAGUUGUGUUUAUUCAAAAGUAUUUAUCAGCAACAAUAUUUUUCUUGUAAAUAAAUAG